UUUCUCUCUCUUCUCUCCCUAUUUCCUCUAUCUCAUUCACAUGGCUGUUACCCUCUCUCCCUCUCUUCUACUUUCUCUCUCUCUCGCCUGCAAAUUAACAGCCGCUUCUCUUCAUCUUCCUUCUUCGUGCCUCUAUCUCUUUCUCCCUAUUUCCUUUCUCAAAUUCUCUGCCUUGAGAUUUACUUCUCGGCCGUUACACCCUUUUCCCUCUCUCCUACUUUCUCGCCCUUUUUCUCUUGCAAAUUCAUAGCCCCACCUCUUCAGCUUCCCCAUCCGUCUCUCUAUCUCUUUCUACCCUGCGUUUUCACAUAUCAGAGAAUAGCACACCACCUCCUUCACCGAUCAGAGAAGAGCACACCACCCCUUCACUGUCCCCCUCCCAGUCUCUCUCUCAGACCGUCGUCAUGGACCCCUCUUCACCGUCCCCCUCUCAAUAUCUCUCUCCCCAAAUUUAUUUAAUUACAUGUAUUCAAUUACAAAAGUCAGUUACCCAUUAUAGAUUUCAAUUAGGCAUCCAUUUUCUUUGGUUGUGGCUAUACACAUCCCAACAAUUAAUUUGUUUAAUUAAAAAGACUGCUGACCUUCUUCAAUUCCUAGUUACAAUCGCCCUUUCCCGUCCGAAAAAUUCUUCGAAAUCCUAUUUGUCAGCGCUUGUGUCUUGGCAUUAUACUUUACACAGCAAAACUGCUUCUUCUUCAAGUUUUUCACCGCUAGAGGAGCUCUACCCUCUUCCUCUUACCAGCAUUGUUGCAAAGAGUGUGGACACUGAAGAAGUUAAGGGAGUUGAUGACGCUUUCGUUUUACAAGCUGCCCAAGACUGUGCCUUCUUGCUUUCUCUAAGAUUUUAUUGAGGUUUAUGAGGCUCUUGAGCACAAGCUGGUCGUUGCAGAAGCCAAUCAAAGGUUAAGGCUUCCACUUAUUGCUAAAGACAAUGAGAUUCAAGAGGAAGAAAUUGAGAAAUGUAGUAUAAUGUCAAGAAGCUCCCUUGAUAGUACGAGUACCAGCGUCACUAUAAGCUUAAGCUCAAACUCAAAUUCAAACACAAUGAACUACACAAAUAUUUUCGGCAAUUGGGAUUGGUGUGCUAUUGAUGAAGCAGAUCCUGGAGUUGGUGGUGUUCCUAAUCGAUUCUUUGGAAUAACAGACAUGGCAGAAUACCAGAUGUCACUUUUCCAUGCAAUAGAGAGUCGUUUAAAAGCUAAAUGCGAUAAGUUAGCUGAUGUCUGCAUAUUAGAUGAGUUUGACGUCUCCUCAACUGGUAAUCCAAAUACAAGUGCUCGACUUCCAGAAAGAGUAAAGUUAAUUAUUGAGGAUAUUGAGAGGGAAGAAACAGCUCUGCAAGAGGAUCUAUAUUCUGUGAAUAGAAAAUUCGUGGAGUAUUACAAUUGGCAUAAAGAAGAAUUUUAUCCUUACCUAGUUCAACUCUUUCUUCCUCAACCAUCACCUUCUUGCACCUACAACUUUGGAAAUGGUGUGAGUUUUGGGGAUGGAUUUGUCGAGGCCAGAGAGGAAAUGUCAAGGGAGAGACUGCGUUACUUAGAAGCCAUGGUUUAUGAGGCUCUUGAGCACAAGCUGGUCGUUGCAGAAGCCAAUCAAAGGUUAAGGCUUCCACUUAUUGCUAAAGACAAUGAGAUUCAAGAGGAAGAAAUUGAGAAAUGUAGUAUAAUUGCUAUUGAUGAAGCAGAUCCUGGAGUUGGUGGUGUUCCUAAUCGAUUCUUUGGAAUAACAGUUGUUUACUUGCGAAAAACUCAACUCCAGCAUGCACCACUAUCUACAGACAUGGCAGAAUACCAGAUGUCACUUUUCCAUGCAAUAGAGAGUCGUUUAAAAGCUAAAUGCGAUAAGUUAGCUGAUGUCUGCAUAUUAGAUGAGUUUGACGUCUCCUCAACUGGUAAUCCAAAUACAAGUGCUCGACUUCCAGAAAGAGUAAAGUUAAUUAUUGAGGAUAUUGAGAGGGAAGAAACAGCUCUGCAAGAGGAUCUAUAUUCUGUGAAUAGAAAAUUCGUGGAGUAUUACAAUUGGCAUAAAGAAGAAUUUUAUCCUUACCCAGUUCAACUCUUUCUUCCGCAACCAUCACCUUCUUGCACCUACAACUUUGGAAAUGGUGUGAGUUUUGGGGAUGGAUUUGUCAAGAGCAAGUUGAGAACUUCUUCCGUAUUAUUAUUAUGUGGUGGCGUUGAUUUGGGCUACUGUGGCCGAUGUCGAUUUCAGGUGGGUGUGACAAUGGAUUCCGGCAAAGAUGAAGAGAUGAGGAGAACCAUUAGGGCUUAA